AUGCAAGCCUCCCGAGCCUACGCCGACGACCAGUCCCCGCGCUCAGCCGCUCACCUUCUGCCGCCGCCGGGAAGUGGACCCCGCCCCGCGUUCUUACGGCCAGCAUCUCUCCGCAGCGUGCAGUCCACCGACACUAUCGGUUCCUACUACCACGACGGCCGAAAACGCAGUUCUAUCGCUGGGAAGUAUGCAUUGCCGCCAGACCCCCGAUUAUGGGCUGAACUCAGCGCUCCCGAGGCGGAUGACAUCCUGCAUAAUCCUGACCCACGACGAGACCAAGCAUACGACCGCGGUGGAACCAUCUUCAGCUCUCGUGGAUGCGCUAAUCUUGGCUGUCUCGCGCUCCUGGCUAUAGGCAUCAUAGCGUUAUUCGGCGGCUACCCUGUCACCACUUACGUGCUCAAGAAGACGGGUGUCACCGGGAACGACUCGGAUCCCAAGUCGCUCAACCUGGGAGGCACAAAUAUGCUAGGCGAGAAGCCCACGAUACCCAAGAACCGUGGACUCAUCGACCCAGACACUCCCGAUGAGGCCAAGACGAGAUCAACAUUCACGCCUUCAAAAUCUUCGCAGUUUGAGUUGGUGUUCAGCGACGAGUUCAACACCGAAGGCAGGUCAUUUUACGAGGGUGAUGAUCCGUUCUGGACGGCUAUGAACCUCAACUAUUGGCAGACAGGCGAUGUCGAAUGGUACGACCCGUCAGCAAUCACGACGAAGGACGGCGCCCUUGAGAUCACGUUGUCGAAGAAGCCGCAACACGACCUCAACUACACCGGUGGGAUGAUGUCCACCUGGAACCAGUUCUGCUUUACGGGUGGCAUCGUGGAGGUGGCAGUGACACUGCCAGGUUCACCGGACGUCUCUGGAUUGUGGCCCGCCAUCUGGACUAUGGGCAACCUCGGCCGUGUUGGUUACGGCGCAUCCACGGACGGUCUGUGGCCAUACUCGUACGACUCUUGUGAUUACGGGGCUCUGCCCAACCAGACGCUGGGCAACGACCCCCCUGGUGCCUUUGUACCGGGAAUGGGAGACCAGUACAAUGGCGACAAGCUAUCGUUCUUGCCCGGACAGCGCCUCUCCCGCUGCACCUGCCAGGGCGAAUCACACCCGGGACCGGUGCAUUCGGACGGGACGUACGUGGGUCGUGCAGCUCCUGAAAUCGAUAUCUUCGAGGCUGCGGCGUCACCUUCUGGUGGAAACGUCAGUCAAUCAGGACAGUUCGCUCCUUUCAAUUACGGGUACUUCUUCCUCAAUGGUACCGGCACAUACGAUAUCUGGGACUCCAGCGUCAGCACCGUCAAUAACUACCACGGAGGAGCAUACCAGGAAGCGGUGUCGGCGUUGAGCAUUGCCAACCAACAGGCAUACGAGCUGAGUGGCAAUCAAUAUGCGACGUAUGCCAUCGAAUACUCGCCCGGUUUCGACGAUGCCUACAUCACUUGGGUCAACAACAACCAGGCCGCUUUUACGGUUUACUCUGGCGCACUCGCCGCCGAUCCCAAUACGGAAAUCGCUGCGCGUCCCGUUUCGCAAGAGCCGAUGUACGUCAUCAUGAACUUGGGCAUGUCAAGCAGCUUCAUCACGAUCGACUACGACAAUCUCGUGUUCCCGGCGAAGAUGCGGGUGGACUACGUGCGCGUCUACCAAGAAGCCGACAAGUACAACGUAGGCUGCGACCCCAAGGACUUCCCUACCGCCGAGUAUAUCGAUACAUAUCAGGAGGCGUACUACAACCCGAACCACACGCUUUGGUCCGACAUCGGGGAAACGUUCCCGAAGAACAGCAAGCUCACCCAAUGCUAA